AUGAGACUUUUUUUACCAAUAUUGACGUUUUGCUCGAUUGUAAAGGCUAUUCUUCAACCCACAUUUAGAGACACUGGUUACAAAAAUAUCGCCUUUAGUGUGUCACCCGGUGGAUCAUCGCAUCAUAACUGGGUACUAUCUAUUAUGGAUUUACUUGGUCAACGCGGGCACAACACAACGUAUUUAACAACGACCGAAGAAACAAGAUUUAGUAAAUCUUAUCACCAUGUAAAGACUGUGGAUAUUGGACCGUCUGUUGUAUUUGACCAGAUGGCUUUAUUGAAGGAGUUGAGUUCCGGAAAAAGUAUGCUUCAUGUGAUGCCAAAAGUUAUGAAAGCAUGGUCUGGAAAUCAUGAAAGAGAUUAUUUUACGCUGUUGAAUUAUUUUAAAAAUCAUCAAGUGGACUUAGUCUUGUGCGAUUACUUUAUGAAUGCAUGCGUAGAUGCUGCUACCAGUUUUGGAAUCCCAUAUAUCAUGACAUGUGCUCUAGACCCAUCUAAAGAGUCGGAUGUUUCAUACACAAAUAGUGAAUGGUAUAAUAUGCAUGAUUUUACUACGGAACAUCAAAGUUUUGCAACACGAUUUUAUUACAAGUUCAUCUUCUCUUGGAUUAACUUGUAUAAAAAUUACUCGUAUUAUGUGGAUAUGACUGCAAGACGAAAGGCAAUUGGAAUCACAACCAAAUUGGAACCACCCAAUAAAAAAUGGAGACAUUCGUUACGACUUGUAAAUAAUUUAUUUGGAUAUAUACCAGCUAGACCAAUCGGAUCUUUGGCAGAAUAUGUUGGUCCGAUUAUUCCACAAACCCACAGCCCUUUAUCAGAGGAGCUGGAAUAUUUUUUGAAUUCGCAUCAACGUGUAGUCUAUAUCGCUUUUGGACAAUUAGCCAUACCCAAACAAGAAACGAUCAAGCUAAUUUUAAUAGGUCUUUUAGAAAACUUGGAAUCAGGAUCAAUCGAUGGCUUUGUUUGGGCUACAGUACACGCUGCCGGAAAUUUUCCUGCGUCCAUCACAACAAGCUCAGGUAUCAACUACAAUAUUGAGACUAUGCUGAAGAAUGAACAUUCGUAUGCCUAUAUGGUUACUUGGGCUCCUCAAACAGCUAUUUUAUUGCACCCUUCUACAUGUGUAUUUGUGUCACACGGUGGUUUAGGCUCAUGGCAUGAGUCCAUGUACGCUGGUGUCCCAAUGAUUCUGUUUCCAUUCUUUGCUGAUCAACCCGGUAAUGCUUUACUUAUUGAGAGAAGUGGGUUAGGUGGUAUUUUAAAGACGGACGCGACACAAACGGAAUCUGUGGAAUUAUUUAGAAAUAUUAUAGAGGAUGUCAACGGUGAAAUUAAAGCCAAUGUGAAGCGAAUGCAGGCGCUCACCCAAAUUCACUCUAAACAUGGUACAAUGCGUGGUGCAGACCUGGUAGAAGAGGUGGCAUAUACGCAUAAAAAUGGUGUACUUCCUCAUCGACAAUCGCCUGCUGACCGCAUGUCGGUUAUAAACGGCUACUGUUAUUAUGACUAA